GUGUGUAAACUAUCAAGUUGGACGUGUAUUACUUUGAGUUCUGUGAUUGUAAAUAGUAUUAUUAUAUACACAGAUGAAUAGCAAAGCACCAUAUCCCACAUUUCAACUCCACCAUGGCCACAUCAAUCUCAAACAUAAUCGUUGCCUUCCCCAAAACCUUCAGAUCCAACAACCCCAAAUUAUCUCUUUCUCAACUACACAACACUCUAACCUUAACCACAAAGAAACCAAGCCUUCAAUGUAAGGCCUCCUUACCCUCCAUCCUCGAGACGCAGCAGCAACAGCAACAAGACCAGAAACAAAAAACAAUAACAGAGGCAUGGCGCAAAAUCCACGGUGAAGACAACUGGGCCGGGCUCCUCGACCCCAUGGAUCCUCUAAUGCGGGCGGAACUGACCCGAUACGGCGAGAUGGCCCAAGCCUGCUACGACUCCUUCGACUUCGACCCGUACUCAAAAUACUGCGGCAACUGCAGGUACCCACUAUCGGAAUUCUUCGAGGCUCUAGACAUGACCCACUUGGGAUACACCGUCACCCGCUACCUCUACGCGACUGCGAACAUAAACCUCCCCAACUUCUUCCGCAAGUCGCGUUGGCCCGACAAGAUGUGGAGCAAGCACGCCAACUGGGCUGGAUACGUCGCCGUUUCGGACGACGUGACGAGUAAGCGAUUGGGUAGAAGAGACAUAACAGUCGCGUGGCGAGGGACGGUCACCCACGUGGAGUGGGUCACCGACCUCAUGAAUUUCCUCAAACCAGUUUCCCCUGACAUACCCUGCCCCGACAAAGACGUUAAAGUCGAAGCCGGUUUCUUAGACCUCUACACAGACAGAGAAACCGAUUGCGGCUAUUGCAAAUACUCGGCGAGGGAACAAGUACUCGCCGAGGUGAAGAGGCUGGUGGAUUUGUACCCUAACGAGGAAAUUAGUAUUACUAUUACCGGUCACAGCCUUGGGAGUGCGAUGGCUAUAUUGAGCGCGUUUGAUAUUGUGGAAACGGGGUUGCACGUGGGAAAGGGUGGGCGUAGAGCGCACGUGUCGGUGUUUUCGUUUUCGGGGCCGAGAGUGGGGAACACGAGUUUCAAGGAGAGGUUGGAGGAGAAGCUGGGGAUUAAGGUGUUGAGGGUUCAUAACACUCACGAUCUGGUGCCUCAGUCGCCGGGAUUAUUCUUCAAUGAGAGCUCGCCGGCGUGGGUGUUGAAGUUGUUUGAGUGGUUGCCGUGGUGUUAUUUGCACGUUGGGGUUGAGUUGGAGUUGGAUCAUAAGAAGUCGCCAUUUCUGAAUCCUAAUGGGAAUAGUGCCUGCGCCCAUAACUUGGAGGCUCACUUGCACUUGCUCGACGGAUACCAUGGGAGGGAUCGUGGAUUUGAACCAGUGACUGGGAGGGACCUUGCUCUUGUGAACAAAGACUCUGACUUUCUGAAAGAUGAGCAUUCGGUGCCACCUUGCUGGAGGCAAGAUAUGAACAAAGGCAUGAUCAAGACUGAAGAUGGUCGCUGGGUGCAGGCUGAACGCCCAGAACUUCACGAUCACCCUGAAGAUAUUGAUCACUAUCUCUCUGAUAUAGGCUCAUUUUCUUCUCGUACUUGAAUGGAUCAUGAGACUAUAUAAACUUUCCGAGAUAA